AUGGUCGACAUAGGCAUCUCCAAGGGAUUAUGGCUCCUGCGUCAAAUUGGACGAGAGGACGCAUACUUGGGGGCGCAGACACUUUCCGAUUGUACUGAGGUUUUUUCAGCAGUGCCGUUGAAAGAGUUGGAUAAAGACCGGAAGAUGAGGAAGAAGGUGGCAUAUAGCUUCUACAGGAUCUUAUUCAUUCUACCGAAAGCGAUGAGGUUUAACCCGAUCAUGGACUUUGUUGCCAAAACCACCUUAGAGGACGAAAAGGAUGUGCCAGGUUGGAUAUUGGAGUUAGUUAACAAGUGUUCCGACCUGUCCAAAAUUGCUCGGAAAUAUGAGGGUGCGGUUGAUGAUGAUGAGGUGAUUGAAGAGUUAGAAAGAUGUUUGAUAAAU